AUGGCCGCAGCCAAAAGUGCCGCUCCCGCCAUUGAGGAGCCGGCAGCAGCUGCACAGCUCACCGCGUGUUCUCGUGCACUGGGUGCUUGCUUGGCCGAGUUGAAGAGCGGCGUCACGGAGGCCAACGACGCUUGCCAAGACUUGGAAAUCGAGUCAGCUGCCUUUGCUGUCAGCCAGCUGAGCGAGUACUUGACCAGUGUUGUGGAUCGUUCCAAGACAGGGCGCCUGCGCGUGUCGGGUUCGAACAACAACAACAAGCAUGGGGCGCUCGUCAACGACGCUGCCAAGCAGCUCCAGGCCUCCAUGAGUCAGCUUUUCACCGGCAUUGACCAGCAGGACGAGAGCUACGCCAGCGCAUGCUCGCGCUCCGUGGCCACCGCGGCCCGCGGCUUUGCAGAGCACGUCACGCGCUAUGCCUCAACCUUGGAAUCGCCCGCUGAUCAGCAAGCGGUGCUCAGUGCUGCGGAGCGCGCUGUCACGGAGCUUGCCUCGGGUCUGGCUGUCGUGCGUACCGCAGUUGGCGGAGAUCAACCAGCACGUACUACGCUAGAGACACAGGACAAAGCUUUCAGCGCUCGCCUAGGCGAUGUCACGGCCUACUUGCCCGGCCAGCUCGAUAUUCGGCGUGCCAUGAGCUCCGUGCAAGGGGCCAAGGUUAAACUUGAGUCUAAGGCGCCUGCAUCCGCCAAGCCUGACGUUAAAAAGUACACCGCAAUGCAACACGAGCUUACAGUGGCAGCCGAGGUGUUCAACCAAGCUGCGGCCAAGAUGGCUCGGGCACCACGCGAGGGCAGCAAGAUGGCUCUGGCUCCGGCCAGCCAGGAGCUGGCUACAGCACACGAGCGUGUGGUGCAGGUGGGCAUGUCCAUGAUGGAGAGUUGUGCUCGCCCUGAAGAUCGCUCUGAGCUGAUGAAGAAGCUAAUGGCCAUGAGCAACACGACCUCUGGCCUUCUAUCUCAAGUGGGCGCCGCCAUGGCUAACAAGGAUGGCCAACAGGCGCAAUUGGGUUCGGCUAUGCGUAAUCUGACGACCUGCCUGAACGGUUUGCUGGAGACUUGCUCCAGUGCAGCUCCGGGUCAACAGGAGUGUGACACGGCUGAGCGCUCGCUGCAGGCCGUUCUCACAGGCACGGAGGAGGCCCUGGCUCCAGUGAGCUCACUCAACUACUUCCAGUGCUUUGACGAGAUUAUGGAUGCCUCCAAGGAGCUGGGUUCCUCACUUGCGGCGCUGGCUGCUGGCGCUCGGGAGCAGGACAUGGCUAAGUUUGGUGAUGCCUUGGAUGCUAUGACUGGUUCCACGAGCCAACUGGUCCGAGCCAGCACGCAGGCAGCUUACUUGAUGGCCGUCUCUGAUCCUACUUCGACCACCGGGGAGCAGGGCCUUCUUGACCCCUUGGCCGUUGCUCAAGCAGCGCAGGCCAUCGAUGAGGCCGCAGUCCUGCUCAUGAGUUCCUCGUCCACAAAGCCGAUUGCAAGUAUCGCGCGGACUGUCGCCGCAAGCACGACCACGCUCAGCAAUUUAUGCAAGCUCGGAGCAACUCGAGCGAGCAAUAAGACGCUGCGUACGCAGCUGGUAGAUGCUGCACGAACCGUGGCCCAGACCACCUCUGCCCUUGUUCAGCACAUCAAGCGAUAUGCCGCCGAUCCAUCCGAUGCUCACAAAAUGGCAGCUCAGGAGGCGUUUGCCUCGCUACAAGACUGUGCGCGACACCUUGUAACUCUGUCGGAGAUGCCCGAGUACGCGUCUGCGGCGCCGCAAAUCAGUGAAGGGGCUAAGCGCCGUCAGCAGCCGUACCUGGAGAGUGGUCGAGCCAUUGCUGAAGCAGCCAUAGCCGUGGUACGAACAGCUCGCAAUCUGGCCGCCAAUGCCAAGAAUACGGAGCAGUGGCAGCAGCUUGCGGCCAACAGCAAGGCGGUGUCCGAGGCCAUCAAGCGCCAGGCUGCUGUGAUCAAGGCCCAUUCGCCUGGGCAGCUGGAGUGUGACAACGCCACAUACUUUUUGAACGAGGUCACGCACGACUUGAACGAGGCCGAGUAUGCAGCUCAGCAGCAGGGCCUUGCGCCAAUCGCCGAAAAUUCCCUCGAAGGCUAUCAACAGGAUGCCAUUACCGUGACUGACGACAUUGGACAGGCUGCGCGUGCCGUGGCCGAGGCAGCCAUAGGCUCAGCUCAGCACCUUGCGCAAGCAGCGCUGCGCCUGCAAAAUGCCUUCAACCCACUCGUGAGUGCAGCCAUGGGUGUGGCAUCGCACUUGGGGGAGCGCAGCGUUCAAACCACGCUCCUGCAGCAGGCGAAGACGAUUGUCGAAGCGGGUGCAGAGCUGCUCAAUGCUGCCCGCGAUUCCGGAGGCAACCCGGCAGCCUCGAGCCAACACAAGGUGGUUAGCCUUGCAGCCCAGAACCUUCGUAAGUGCGUCAAGGAAUUCGUUUUCAAUCUGUCCCAGCGCAACGCUGAGGAUGCUGUUGUACAAGGUACCAUGUCCACGAUUCAGCAAGCCAUUGAGAGCUUGGCGGCCGGCAGUGCGGGUACGAGUGCAACGGCAGCGGCGGCUAGUGGUGACUACGUGGGCCAGUCCUUCGUGGAAUACCAGGAUGCUAUCACGACAGACACGCGCAAGUUAGCCAAGCACGUCCAACAGCUUGUGGGACGGGUGGGCAGCGACCCAGCAGCCUUGGUGACCCUGGUUCAGGAUAUCAAGGACUGCUUUGUGACGAUGACGGAGCAUACGUCGGGGGCUCUGGUCAAUAUCAGUAGCGAGGCCGUGCAGUCUCACUUGCAAAAGAGCGUCACUGAGCUUGGUGGUGCCUGCGCGCGUGUGAUUCAGGCUGCCAACGACGUUCGAAAGUCACCAGAAAGUGGUGAUGUCAAGCAAGAGUUGGCAUUGGCAUCGCGGGAGUGUGCUAAGCAGGUGAACAGCGUGGUCGCCGCCUUGCAAGCUGGCUCGCAAGGCACGCAGGCUUGUUUGACAGCAGCAGCUGCCGUUGAGACGCAGCUGGCAGACCUUGAAACCAUGGCACUCUUUGCGACGGCGGGCUCGGUAGCAGCCGAGGGCACCGAAUCAUUCCGUGAGCACCAGCCUCCCAUGUUAGAGGCAGCACGAGGCCUCGUCGACCGAGCCAAGCGGCUCAUUAGCAGUGCAGCCUCAUCUCAGGGCGACUUGGCUGAUGCCGCCGAGAACUGCCAGAGCAUGUACAACGAUCUGGUGGACAAGCUUAAACUGUCCCUUGAUUCACUAGCUUCGGCAGGCCCCGAGGCCCAGGUUUUGCUCAUCAAUGCUGCUCGCGAUGUGGGCAACUCAUUGGCAGACCUUCUCAACUCAACUCGCAAGGCCUCGGGCCGAAGUGCCGAUGAUCCAGCCAUGCAAGCCUUGGGCCAUCAGACAAAGCACAUGGCCAACAGCGUCACAGCACUGUUGCGCACGGUCCAAACAGUUGAGAACGAGCAAGGGCGCGUGACGACAGCACUGAAGGCAGCGCAGGGGGCCAUUGAGACGGAGGCCAGCGUUUUCUGCUGGCCCAUCUUCCCUUGUGCUUUUGGUUGUAAUAUGAUCUUUGCCCGGGCGGGCCGUCCCUUGACGGCUGCUGUCACCAAGCUGGCUUCAGCGACCAACUCUGGUAAUGCGUCAGAUCUCACAAUGGCCGCCAAUGUGGCUCGCAACGCCAUGUGCAACCUCCUUAAACAGACACGGCGCUCGACAGCGGUUGGCGUGGCCCCCGCCACAGCCAACAGUGUCAUGCGCGAGGCUCAACGCUGUGCCUCCUCGCUCAAUGAAAUUUUUGAGGUGGCCCUCGAGCUUGAAGGGCGACCCGGCGAUGCCACCGAGAAGGAGCGAGUGCGCAACGCCACCAAGGAAAUUGCCGAUGCCCUGACUAACCUCAACACCGCGGCUUUCUCUCUCAAGGGGUCGGAUGACAGCACGGCUGGGGCACAAGAGCCUUCGGUCGCAGCCGAGCGUGAGUUGCUUUCUGCAGCGUCAACCAUUGAUGCCGUCACAAUCAAGCUGGCGCGUCUAGAAGAAUCCAUUCCUGUCGCUGCCGCGGCUAUCGAUGAGUCGGCUCCCGUGGAGGAGCAGGUGCUACACGGUACACAGGCCAUUACAGCAGCAACAGCAACGCUCGUCAAGGCAGCCACGGCUGCACAGCAAGAGCUUGGUAACGGGGGUGGGGAUGAGAAUAGUACGGCUGCUGAUUUGGUAGCUGCUGCCAAGCUGGUCGCACACGCUACCCAAGAGCUAUGUGACGGUGCCAACGCGUCGAUGCGUGGUGAUUUGUCUCAGGAACGCUUGGUCGCGGCAGCCAAAUCGAUCGCCAAGAGUACGGCCCAGCUGAUUAUGGCUUGCAAGGUAAAGAUGCCCAGCAACAGCGGGCCAAUGCGGCGCUUGCAAGCUGCUGGCAGUGCCGUCAAGAAAGCAGCGGAAAACCUGGUACGCACCGUCCAGGCUGCCCCCACUGACGUGGAAGACUCAAUUCAACUGGACGCCAGUCGUGUACAUGCCAUGAAGCAAGAGAUUGAGGCGGUUGAGGCGAUUGUCAAGCAAGAGCGAGAACUUGAAGUUGCUAAACGCGCUCUGGCCAAGAUUCGCGCCAACAAAUAUGGCAAAGGCUCGACUAAAGUCGAUUGGGCUGGCAGUGUUCGCAUCAAGUAA